UUUCUUCUUUCACAAACGUCUAAUGUCUGCGGUCUUACGUUUUCUUCGUGUAUUAUGUGGCCCUAAAAACUGAAAAAUCCUUUACAAAGUGUAGAAUAUUAGAAUAGAAUGUCCAUAGAGUGCAGUCCACGACGAGUGCUUCAAAAUUAUUGUGUGUAAUUGUUUUAUUAGUGAAACAGAUCAAGAUGCGUAUCGGUUUUGUAUUAUAUUGGUGCGUACUUGCAUUUCAUCUGUGUAAAGGUGAUGAUACGGAGAAGACCGAGUCUAGAGAAAACGGUCGGAGACAAUGGGGUCCGGGUAGCCGCAGCAGCUCGUUUGUAAACGAUCCAUCGGUUUCGGCAUCUAACGAACUUAUACUUACUGAGGCGUGUAACAACGAGCCUGCGUGUCUACAGGACCGCGCCGGUCUCGAGGCCAUCACACAACUGCAUCGUCAACUCGACGACGACGCCAACGGGAACGUCGACCUUAGUGAGAGCGAUGAUUUCCUCCGUGAAGAGUUACAGUACGACAGCGGCUAUGAGAAGCGACAGCGUGCCUUCCAUCAUAACGAUGAUAUGCACAUUUCUGUUAAGGAGUUGUGGGAGGCCUGGCUUAGAUCAGAGGUUCACAAUUGGACGACGGAGCAGACGGUGGAAUGGUUGUCCCAGUCGGUUGACCUGCCGCAAUACAGAACUCUAUUUCUGCAGCACAAGAUAACUGGAGCCACAUUACCCAGGUUGGCGGUAAACAAUAUGCAGUACCUGAGCAAUGUCCUUGGCAUUAAGGACCCUAUACAUAAACAGAAGCUCGCCUUGAAGGCUAUGGACGUUGUGUUAUUUGGACCUCCGAAAGGUACGUCCCCGUUUUCAAUUGUAUUGAUCCGCUCGCAGGUGCAGAGGAUGCUGCGAGACAUGGAGCAGCUGAGGAAGGCCGAGAUGGCCCUUGAUGAUAUGCAGAAGGAGCUAGAAAAAGCGCGCUUGGAACAGGAGAGCGUCACAACAGAGAAACGUAAUUUAGAGAAGAAGUUACGUGAAGCGGGAGACACGCCCCUAUUGAACUCCGCCUCCUCAGAUUUAGAAGUGUCUACGCUCAAAGCUGAAAUUGAGAUGUUAAGGGCGGAACUCCGUCGCGCGGAGGGGGAGUUAGAGGACAGGUGCUGGGCGCCGCCGCCCGGCCUGCAGCAGUGGCUGCAGCUCACACACGAGGUCGAGAACCGCGCGUACCUUCGGAAGAAGCAGCAAGCUGACCUCCAACUGCAGCAGGCGAGAGAGGCUUGUGAGAAGUUACGUAAGAAGAGGUCGAGCCUGGUGGGGGCGUUUGUAUCGACUCACGGCAAGUCCAUAGACGACGUGGACCGCUCCAUUGUGGAAGCGCGCACUGCGCUCAACGAAGUCACACAGGAAUUACAGGAGAGAAUGCACCGAUGGAAGCAAAUUGAACGUUUGUGCGGUUUUAAUAUAAUAAAUAACAACGGUCUGCAGUUCCUCGAGAGCACGCUCUAUAGGACUGCCAACGGACGACAGACAGGCAGAGUUCGAAUGAGCAGUUCUCAAGAUGAUUUGAGCGUGGGCGACGACGUGUCGAUCUGCGGCUCCGUGGCCGAUAAUUUCGGUUGGCGCGAAGAUUCAUCAGGAAGCGAAGAACACGACGCACCUCACUAUCCUCUAGAUCUGAGACUCGCUGAGGCGAGAUUGCAACUUGAAGAGCGCCUAGCUCAAGAGGCUCGCGAGCGGCGGCCGGAGGAGAAGCGCGAGGAGGAGCGGAGGUACGAGCUCGCCAAUCCCGACGACCCCAGACCACCGCCUAGGAACACUUUUACUAAACAGAAACCACUCCUAGAAAAUAACCAGGAUUCCGCCACACAAUCUAGUAAUACACCCCCCGAAGAGGAGUCUACAGAUUCCUCUUUGAUGGACGAUGAGGGACUUCCUAAGCCAAGGAAGAGACGCAUCCAUCUCCCGUUUGGGAAGAAAAGCAAGACUCCCGCGUGACAGGAACAGAAUGUACGAGAUUUAUGUCCCUGCCUCGCGCAGUUUACACGCAAACUUUUAUUACGUCGGUUAUCGUAUAAGGGAUAAUCGGUGAAUAUCGAUAUUAAGUUCGCAUCGAUGUCGACGAAUUUAUUUUCAUUUAAAUCAAGCAAUCUAAUUUUAUAUUGAAAUAUUUUUGAAUAGAAAGCAAUAAUUUGAUAAUACAACGAGAUUACCUUCGGUUUAGUUGAUUUAUUUUACGAAUAGAUCACUUUUGUCGACGUCGAUGUUCGUAUCGAUAUUUUUACAUCGGCCAUCCCUAAUAUCGAAACAUGAUAUAGAAAAUUGUCGAUUACGUCAUUUUAUUUAUUGACUGUAUAUAAAAUGUAAGUAGCUCAAAGUUUUCCUUCAGCCAAUGUCUGAUAUUAUUUUUUUCGCACGUUUGUUUUUGCACACCUGUAUUUGAUUACGCAUAAUUUAAUAAAGGUUUUUAUUUUUUUAGUACUUAAAAUUUUUAUUUAAUAGUUGUCAAUUUUAUCCAAUAUUAAAUCGAUUGAUAUUUCUCCAAUUUUAUUGAAAUCUCAAAGAAUGUGAGUUUAGUAUGAUAGGAUAUUUUUUAUGAAUAUAUUUGGAGAAUUAUUGUUUUUUGGAUUAAAUAUUCAUAUAUUGAAUAUAGUAUGUUUUAUAAAAAAAACUGGUGCGAAAAUAUUAAACACUAAUUUUAAAUAAAAGUAACUUUUAUGUGGUUUCUAUUUUUUCGGAGUGUACGAUAAAGUAUUGAAAUGCAAUAUUUAGUAUUUAUCUUUUAAUCUUCCUCUGAACUUUUAAAUCGUAAUGUUUUGUAAGCGAUGUAUUAACAGUCCGUGAGAUUUUACAGCCUGACUUCGUUCAAAUCCACUAUUAAGAGAUUUUGUGUACAAUAUUUUUUAAAUGAAGUAGUAAAUAAAAAGAUGAAUUAUCGCAAUAAUGAAAGUUAAAAAGACAAAUGUUUGCUUUUUUUACCUUUAUUACAUCAGUAUUGAUGCAGUUUUUGAAAGUCUCCAUGUCAAGUGCUAGGAAAAUUUUAAUAUGAAUUUGUUUUAUAAAAUUUUGUAUGGUGUGAUUUGGUAAAUAAUUUAAUAAAUAUGAGCAAUGAUAGAUAUUUAUGUGAAUUAUUCUAUAAAUUUACAUGUAUUUAUAGAGUUUAUAUAAUUAACACGUUCCGUGCCACUAAAUUUUGUUUCUUAUGCCGUAUACUUUUUCUGGGCUCUCAGCGAGUCGGCAUUGAACGUGUUAGAUUUUUCUGCCAAACGUGUAGAAAUGGUUGUGUCCUUCGAAUGUUAGGAUAAUUUAUUGAUCGACGAAAUGUUCAUUACAAAACACCAUAUCGCAUCAUUCCCUAUUUUCGUGUAUUUAUGAUAGCGAUAUAGAUUGCCCUUUAGUUGUGUGUUAGAGUAAUUUUAAGACAAUUUGGUGCUAAAUGAUCGUCAGACUGAAAACGUAGUGGAACCACUAAAUGCUAAGUUCCUUGCAGUUUUAUAUGACCUAGUAUUAUUGGACAAUACACCAAUAUACUUUAUUACGAAUAUUGUGGCUUUGUUCCCAAUUUUAUGUAACUGUAUUUUUUUUAUGGAAUGAAAUCAGUGGUACAGCCACAUCAUGCUCUACAGCUAAGAAAUUUUUAAUAGAACUUAUCGUAUAAUUAUUUUCACAUUUACUUAAGUUGGUCGUACUUAAAAACAGUACAAUGGGCUGAUUUUAUUAGUACGUUUUUGCGAAAUGUAUAUUUUAGAGAUCUGACCGCUGUGUUAUGAAAAGACAGAUGUUACUUUGAAAUGUUAAUAAAUUGGUCAUCGUA